AUGAGUCACGUGCCGGAGUGGCGGACUCGCCAAGGUAACGAUCCCCACCUGUUGAAGCCCCACAUUCAGAUAAACUGCUUAUCAACCAGCGCGCGGGGCAAUUUUCUGUCAAAAUUCUUGAGAAAGCAGCGCCCCGCCAGCAGUCCCCAGUUCGCCGUCUUGCUGUGCAAGUCCCACCAUAUCUAUAACUGCGCUCUCUUCAGGCGGUACACCUUUUCCGAAUACACAACAAACCCAAUACCCAGAGAGACACAGAUAAACACGGAAAUCAUGGAUCUCGACACUCCCAUGGGUAUGGCCCCAAUGCUGGGCACAGCGCGCACUGGCGCAACCAUCUUGUGCUGCAACUGUGGCUCUCCCAUUGAUGGCACCUCUUCCGCCGGUGCCAUGUGCUACGACUGUAUCAAAUUGACAGUCGACAUCUCGAAAACCAUCCCCCGCGAAGCCCAUAUCCAGUUCUGCCGUGACUGCGACCGAUGGCUGAUGCCCCCCAACACCUGGGUCAAUGCUGCGCCCGAGUCCAAAGAGUUGCUGGCUUUGUGUUUGAAGAGGUUACGAAAUAUCACCAAGGUCCGCAUUGUCAACGCAGAGUUCAUCUGGACGGAACCACAUUCGCGAAGAAUCAAGGUCAAGAUCACAAUCCAGGACUCAGUGGCUGAUGGUGUCCUCAUGCAACAAAGUUUCGAGGUGGUCUACGUCGUGGGUACACAGCAGUGCAAGGACUGCGCCAAGUCAUACACAGCCAACGUUUGGAGAGCGUCAGUACAAGUCCGCCAAAAGGUGCCCCACAAGAGGACCUUUUUGCUUUUGGAGCAGCUUAUCCUCAAGCACCAAGCGCAUCGGGACACGAUCAACAUCAAGGAAGAAAAGGGCGGUAUCGACUUUUACUUUGCUCACAGAAAUCAGGCCGAAGCCUUCCUUUCUUUCCUCAAAUCAGUCAUUCCCAUUUUUGUCAAGGACUCGAGGCAACUUAUUUCGCAAGACAACCACACAGGCGACAAGUCAUACAAGUUCAACUACUCCGUCGAGAUUGUCCCCAUUUGCAGAGAUGAUUUGGUGGCCCUGCCACUCAAGUUGGCCCGGUCGAUUGGCAACAUUACGCCCCUUGUCCUCUGCCACAGGAUAGGAACGUCCGUCAACCUUCUCGACCCCAACACUCUUCAGACAGCCGAAAUCAGCUCCGACGUCUUCUGGCGCGCACCAUUCCAGCCUCUUGCCGGUACACCCGACUUGGUCGAGUUCAUUGUCAUGGACGUCGAACCAACAAACGUCCGCAAGGGCAAGUGGGUUCUGUCAGAAGUGCAAGUUGCCCGCGCCGCCGAUCUCGGUGUAAACGACCACACCUAUUUCACCAGAACUCAUCUGGGCAACCUGUUGCAUGCUGGAGACUCGGUCCUUGGUUAUAUGCUCUCGGGAACAAACUUCAACUCUUCCGCUCUGGACGCCAUUGAGAACUCUCGUGCGUUCGGGUCGACGAUUCCAGAUGUCAUUCUGGUCAAGAAGCACUACCCCAACAGGCGCAAGAACAGGAAGCGCAACUGGAAGCUCAAGCGCAUGGCCAAGGAUGAGGGCGAGUUGCUGCCCAAGGCGGCCGAUCAGGAGAAGAUGGAGGCCGAGUACGAGAUGUUCUUGCGGGAUGUGGAGGAGGAUGAGGAGUUGCGGGCCGCGUUGGCGUUGUACAAGAACACCAAGAAGAAGCAGCAGGAUGCGGACGCGAUGAGCAUUGCCGAGACGGAGAUGACGGGUGUGGAUGAUGGGCCGAGGAUCAAUAUGGAUGAGCUGCUGGAUGAUUUUGAUGAGUUGGGCAUUCAUGAUGAGUAG